AUGAAGCUUUUUGAGUUCGUAGCAUUAGGCUGCGUUUCAGCCAGAUUUGUGGAUGUCAUUGAUACGCAUGAAAUUUUACCAUUGGAGAGAUUUGCAAGAAAGAAGGCGGGAGUAAGAAAAGAGAAGCCAGAUUGCAUAAAAGACUAUCAGUCCCCAUCUGCUGAUGCUCUUCAAAAGGCGAAUCGAUAUUUGGAAGGACAUGGAGUUUUUGAUGGACACAAUGAUCUUCCAAUGACUUACACUUACUUGACACCAAAGAAUCAGGAUCUUUCGAAAAUUAAUCUGUAUGAGCGCGAGCCACCAGGACAAUCAGAUCCAAACAUCUGGCCUCAAAACUCACAAACAACCAUUCCUCUGGCGAAAGAAGGACAACUUCGUGCACAAUUUUGGUCGAUCUAUUGGGGAUGUUCUUCGAAUGGAAAGGAUGCUGUUCUUUGGGCGCUGGAACAAAUUGAUGUUGCCAAAAGAAUGAUUGAAAAACAUGAUGAGUUUAUUGUUCCCAAAACAGCAAAUGAAGCAGAAGCCCUGAUCAGAGAUGCUAAAUAUAGGAAGGGAUAUCGAAAGCGGGAAAGAACAAUUCUAGGAUGCGGUCACAUGAUCGGUGAAAGUUUAGCUGUCUUGCGCCAGUUUUAUGAUCUUGGGGUGAGAUACAUGACGCUCACUCAUUCUUGCGAUCUUCCUUGGGUAACUUCCUCUAAUGCUGAUAGCAAGACAGAUGUUGGACUGUCAGAGUUUGGGGUGAAGGUUGUGCAAGAAAUGAACAGAAUGGGAAUGAUUGUUGAUCUCUCACAUGUCAGCUCUCAGACAAUGCGAGAUGCUCUUGGAAACGUUACUGCACCAGUGAUGUUCAGUCACUCAAGUGCCCGAGCUAUUGCCGAUCACCCUCGAAAUGUCCCCGAUGAUGUUCUUCAAAUGGUCAAGACAAAUAACGGUGUUGUUAUGGUGGUUUUCUAUGCAGGGUUCGUCAAGAGAGGUGCAGUUGAAUACGACGAAGAUGGCAAUACAGUCAACAUUUGCAUAACUGCGGAUGAUGUUGUCGAUCAUAUGAUGCACAUUGGAGAACUCAUUGGUUGGGAUCACGUCGGCAUCGGAGCGGAUUACAAUGGAGCUGAAGAUUUCCUUUUGACGCAGAAGGAACGGUCAAAUGUAUCAAGCUAUCCUCUUGUUUUUGGAAAGCUGAUCGAGCGUCUUGAAAAACUUCCUCAAUACGCAGAAGCGGAAAUCGAGUCUAUCGUACAAAGAAUUGCUAGUGAUAACAUUCUACGAGUUUGGAAAGAUGUCGAGGAAGAAGCUCAAAAAUUGCAAAAUGAGAAGGAGCCUGAUUGGAGCUGGAUUCCAGAAACUGACAGGACCUGGGACGAGUCGAAUUCUUACACUUGCAAAUCUGGGCGUGACUGGCCAGAAGAGGGAGAAGAAAAAGAUGAAGGAAAUUCAGCGUUUUCGAAAUCAGCUGGCGUAUUUACUUUUGUCUUUGCAUUGUUUCUGAUCAAUUUCUAG